AUGACACCGAAAAAGACUGGAGGGUACCGUAUGUGCGUUGACUACAGAAAACUGAACUCUGUUACAACGGUCGAUGCAUACCCAAUGCCCACCAUCGACGCCAUCUUGAGUUCACUAAGGGGUGCCCAGGUGUUCAGUUCCCUCGACUUACGCAGUGGGUACUGGCAAUUGAUGGUUCACCCAGAUGACGUCGAGAAGACGGCCUUCGCUUGUACAGACGGACUUUUCCAGUUCCGUGUCCUCCCAUUCGGAGUCAUUAACGGGCCAUCGAGCUUUCAGCGGCUCAUGUCGACUGUUCUUGGCGACCUGAUUGGCAGGAAGUGCUAUGUCUACCUGGACGACAUUGUCUGCUUUUCCACAUCCAUUGAUCAGCACCUGCAGGACCUAGAGGAAAUCUUCACUAAGCUUCAGCGUGCCGGACUCACUGCCAAUGUCGCCAAGUGCCGAUUUGGGUGUAGUGAAAUGGUCUACCUUGGCCAUGUCAUAACCCCGGGCGGCAUCAAGCCAGACCCAGACAAGGUGGACGCCGUCAAUUCCUAUCCAGUGCCUGUGAACGUGAAGCAGCUCGAGCGGUUCUUGGGAAUGAAUGCGUGGUUUCAUAAAUUCAUUCCCAACUUCUCCACAGUCGCCGAACCCUUACACAAUCUCCGCCGUAAACACACCACCUGGGAUUGGUCAGAGGACUGCCAAGUGGCCUUCAGCACCCUGAAACAACUUCUCACAUCUGAUCCAGUGCUGGGUUACCCGGAUGGGGACCUGCCUUUCUCCGUCCAUACCGACGCCAGUGACGUUGGGCUGGGCGCCGUCCUCCAGCAGGGCCAGGGGUCAGAGGUCCGCACAAUUGCCUACGCAAGUCGUGCCCUCAACAGCGCAGAGAGACGUUACAGUACCACUGAGCGUGAAUGUCUUGCCAUGGUCUGGGCGAUGGAGAAGUGGCGACCGUACCUAGAGGGUAGAAAGUGUCGGGUGUUUACAGAUCACCAGGCACUCUGCUGGCUCUUUCGCAAAUCGAAGCAGACACCUCGACUGGCUAGAUGGGUCCUCCGCCUUCAGGACUUUAAGUUCAAUGUCGUCUACCGCCCAGGCACUCUCAACAAUGUGCCUGAUGCUCUAUCACGCAUUCCAGAGUCUACAUCCGUCGUGGGGGUCAUACAGACACCACAGGAGCCGAACAAGGGUACAACAAACCCCACCCUGCCAGUCGCUGACUUACCAUCAGAACCACAGCCUGACCAUGCCGAGCCACAGGUGAACCACAAUCAUGAUCGAUGUGCUACCUCAAACUGCCGAGAACCGCAGGACGACGUUGUAGACUUGAUUUAUUGCGAUGACUGUAAGCAUUGGUUCCACCAACCCUGUGUGAACAUCCAGCCUCAACGCGCUGCACAGAUCAACCGGUAUUCCUGUCCAGCAUGCCGCAGACGCCACUGGGCAAACCGGAAAGAGACUGAAUGGACAAACCAGACCGCUACUCCCCAAGCAGACCAGGGUUUCUUGAGCCACCAGCAGUUGGUACAGGGGCAGACACAGGACCCAAGUUUGAUGCCCAUCAUUCGCUUUCUGCAGCAUGGUGAUUUGCCGGGUGAUCCAGCCGAGGCCAGCCGAUUGGAAAAGAGCGUAGACGCAUACCGCUUGCAUGGUGAUGUCUUGUUGCACUAUGCCUCUUCUUCAUGGCCGGUGGUUGUGCCGUCAGCCCUCAAACACGCUGUGCUGUUCAAAUGCCACUCCGCCCCGUCUGCAGGUCACUUGGGCCGCUCUAAAACCAUCGCACGUAUCAGACGACACAACCUAUGGUGGGAUGGACUGACUAAGGAUGUCCGUGGCUUCGUCCGGGCAUGUGAUGUCUGCAAAAAGACGAAACCACACUUCCAGAAACCUGCUGGACUGAUGCUAUCAACAACCUCGACAAGACCGUGGGAAAUCGUUGCAGUGGAUAUCAUGGGGCCCCUACCUAGGAGCUACGCUGGCCAUGAGUUUCUCCUUGUAGCUGUGGACCACUACACCAAGUGGACUGAGGUUUUCCCACUGAAAGCAGCUACAGGCAAAGUCAUUGCCUGUACCAUUGCCCGCCAACUGUUCAGCCGAUUCGGAGCCCCGAAGACCCUCCUGUCAGACAACGGUUCCCAGUUUACCAGUCGUGCUCUCGAGUCUAUCUGUUCGCGGUGGGGGGGGGGGGUCCAACAAGUCUUCAUCACUCCCUUCCACCCACAGAGUAACUGGGUCGAGAGGGUGAAUCGCAACCUAAAAGCCAUGAUGCGCGCCUUUGUUGGCGACGACCACCGCUCGUGGGAUAUUCACACAGCUGAAUUUGCCUUCGAGCUAAACACCGCCAAACAUGAGACCACAGGGGUAGAGCCGUCUGUACUGAUGUUGGGUCAAAAAAUCUGCACACCCAUGACAAAUAGUCUACCUUCCCCAGCUCAUCACGUCAACCACACCCCUGCAGAGACAACUGCCGAGUUCGCCUCAUACUGCCAGGAGGCCAGACAGAAGCGGAAAAAAUACUAUGACCGACACUGGCGUCCCGCGAACAUCGUUGUUGGCGAACACGUGAUGCUGAGAACACAUCCUCAGUCAAACGCGCAGAAGCAUUUCUGUGCCAAGCUAGCCCCCCUAUGGAAAGGCCCCUACAUCUUGAAAGAGCGUCUCACGCCGGUGAACCUCAAGAUCGCGGAUGUCCUCUUGCCAGACAAGAACAUUGUGGUCCACGUGGACCAGGUCAAACCCUGCUGCCCAUAG